GCUGGUUGUGACGCCUCUAGCAUGGCGAUGCAGUGCCUUAGACCACUGCGCCACUCGGGAGCCCAGAGCUCAGGUCGGCUCCUAUGCUGCAACGGGUCUCCUGGAAGCCUUGGGCUUCCACUAAUGAGGUAAUCAACCUGAGAUGGAUAGUGCCUGAAAAAGAAUAGCAAAUAAUGUACCCCCAUUAGUGGAGGCUGGUGGGAGGAGCGGGCUCACUGUAAUGGCUGGAAUGGAAUCUAUGGAACAAUAUCAAACAUAUGGAAACCACGUUUGACUACAUUCCAUUUACUGUACUUAAUUUCAGCCGUUACAAUGAGCCUGUCCUCCUAUAGCCCUCACACCAGCCUCCAUUGACCCCUAACAUUUACCCAAUUGUGUUGUGAAUAUCAUACGUAGACUAUUUCAGGGUUGAGUAUGGGUUACCCGGGAAUCAUAUCUCAACAUUCUGGGCCAGUUUCCUGGACUAAGCUUGAUAUGUGUCAGGGAAACCGACCCUGUAUGUCAGUUGUUUCAUGUUUCAGUAACCUCAUUGGUUGGCCAUUCCUCCUCACCAACACAGAUGGUCAGUGCAGACGUGUUGUAAGGGCUGGACUUAUCACAACGGUUACUGCCACUUCCAUAGUCCAUGGCACCGAGCGCAAGGCGACAUGGAGAGGUCACCAAGCCAAUCGGGUGGGCAUUUUCUCCAAGGCUGAUAUGGACAGGCUGUUGGACUUAACUGGACGGAAACCAUUCUGGAUAGGACUGAACGACAGUGAGAGUAGGGGACGRUGGGAGUGGGUGAGUGGAGAGCCCGUCACCUACACCAACUGGAGGAAGAGCCUGGCCAGAGGCAAGAGCACCAGGAGGUGUGUUCUGGUGUCGAGGAGGGCCAAUCGGCAGAUCAGAGACUGUAAGACUGGCAGGGGACAUCGCUACGUCAAGACGUGAGCCAAGAGAGAUCUCUACGUUGUAUUCAUGAUAUGAAACAGAACUAUGUUUCUUUCCACUGCCGUUGCAACAGGAAUGGAGCUGACCCUCACAAGACAAGCUGCAUUCAUACAGCUAAUCAACCGAUUACCUAAAGGUACCCAAAUAACAUGGUGGUAUUACAGCAAUGGACUAAUUAAGAGGUCAGCUUCAAUUAAGAGUUAUAAUAGUAGUGCACUAAACAUCAGUUGCAAAUUCAAGUCAGCAAACAUGUCAGAUGCACUGCUGAAGCUCUCAGUUUAUUASGUACACCCAUCUAGUGCCGGGUCAGAUCCCCCUGUAGACAUGAAGGGAUGCACCUGGUCAGCAACGAUGUUCAGAUACGCUGUGGUACGCAACAGCCUGUACUGUUGACACCAGGCAGGAUGGGUCCAUGGACUCACGCUGCUUACACCAAAUCCUGACUCUGCCAUCAGCAUGAUGCAACAGGAACUGGAAUUUGUCAGACCAGGCKAUGUUUAACCACUCCUCAAUAGUCCACUGGAGCUGCUUCUUAUUGUUUUUAGCUGAUAGGAGUGGAACUCMGUGUGGACGUCUGCUGCAAUAG